ACUCCGCUCGAGUAGAAGUGUGAGAGAGCCCAGCAGGACUCAGAGGGGAGAGUUGGAGGAAAAAAAAGGCAGAAAAGGGAAAGAAAGAGGAAGAGAGAGAGAGAGUGAGAGCAGCCGCUGAGCCCACCCCGAUGGCCGCGGACGAAGUUGCCGGAGGGGCGCGCAAAGCCACCAAAAGCAAACUUUUUGAGUUUCUGGUCCAUGGGGUGCGCCCCGGGAUGCCGUCUGGAGCCCGAAUGCCCCACCAGGGGGCGCCCAUGGGCCCCCCGGGCUCCCCUUACAUGGGCAGCCCCGCCGUCCCCGCCGUGCGACCCGGCCUGGCCCCCGCGGGCAUGGAGCCCGCCCGCAAGCGAGCAGCGCCCCCGCCCGGGCAGAGCCAGGCACAGAGCCAGGGCCAGCCGGUGCCCACCGCCCCCGCGCGGAGCCGCAGUGCCAAGAGGAGGAAGAUGGCUGACAAAAUCCUCCCUCAAAGGAUUCGGGAGCUGGUGCCCGAGUCCCAGGCUUACAUGGACCUCCUGGCGUUUGAGAGGAAACUGGAUCAGACCAUCAUGCGCAAGCGGGUGGACAUCCAGGAGGCUCUGAAGAGGCCCAUGAAGCAAAAGCGAAAGCUGCGACUUUAUAUCUCCAAUACUUUUAACCCUGCGAAGCCCGACGCAGAGGAUUCAGAUGGCAGCAUUGCCUCCUGGGAGCUGCGGGUGGAAGGGAAGCUCCUGGAUGAUCCCAGCAAGCAGAAGCGUAAGUUCUCUUCCUUCUUCAAGAGUUUGGUCAUUGAGCUGGACAAAGACCUCUAUGGCCCUGACAACCACCUAGUUGAGUGGCACCGGACACCCACCACACAGGAGACGGAUGGCUUCCAGGUGAAGAGGCCAGGGGACCUGAGUGUGCGCUGCACCCUGCUCCUCAUGCUGGACUACCAGCCUCCCCAGUUCAAACUGGACCCCCGCCUGGCCCGGCUGCUGGGGCUGCACACACAGAGCCGCUCAGCCAUCGUCCAGGCCCUGUGGCAGUACGUGAAGACUAACAGGCUGCAGGACUCCCACGACAAGGAGUACAUCAACGGCGACAAGUACUUCCAACAGAUUUUUGAUUGUCCCCGGCUGAAGUUUUCCGAGAUUCCCCAGCGCCUCACAGCCCUGCUUUUGCCCCCUGACCCAAUUGUCAUCAACCACGUCAUCAGUGUGGACCCAUCAGACCAGAAGAAGACAGCGUGCUACGACAUUGACGUGGAGGUGGAGGAGCCACUGAAGGGGCAGAUGAGCAGCUUCCUGCUUUCCACCGCCAACCAGCAAGAGAUCAGUGCUCUGGACAGUAAGAUCCAUGAGACGAUUGAGUCCAUAAACCAGCUCAAGAUCCAGAGGGACUUCAUGCUAAGCUUCUCCAGAGACCCCAAAGGCUAUGUCCAAGACCUGCUCCGUUCCCAGAGCCGGGACCUCAAGGUGAUGACAGAUGUGGCUGGCAACCCUGAAGAGGAGCGGCGUGCGGAGUUCUACCAUCAGCCCUGGUCCCAGGAAGCUGUCAGCCGCUACUUUUACUGCAAGAUCCAGCAGCGCAGGCAGGAGCUGGAGCAGUCGCUGGUUGUGCGCAACACCUAGGAGCCGGCGAUCGGGAUCGGGCGUCGCUGGACCUCGCCGCCAGCUCUGCUCUGGGCUUACUCCUCUGCCGCCUCACGGGGGGAGGAGUGGGGGGGCUGGAUUAAAGGUUGUUCAUCUGACA